AUGAUAAUAUCCAACAGGUCCUCAAAGUUUGCUCUAUUUUCAAAAGAGUUUCUUAGGAGACAUGGGCUACACUUAUUGGGCACAGCAACCACAUGGUUCUUGCUAGACAUCGCUUACUAUAGCCAAAAGCUUUUCCAAAAGGACAUCUUUAGCGCUGUGGGGUGGUUGCCAUCAGCAGGCUCUAUGAGUGCCUUAGAUGAGCUUUACAAAAUUGCUAGGGCACAAACCCUAAUAGCCUUAUGUGGCACGGUUCCUGGGUACUGGAAUCAAGAUCAUGCUAAGACUGAUGCAGGGUAUCCGCCUGGCAUUGGAAUGAGGAAUUCUCUCAUUGUGCUUGGCGUGAUCAGCAUUUUGGGGUUCUUCUUUAAGUUUUUGGUGCCGAAGGGAAAAUCACUGGAGGAGAUGUCAAGAGAGAAUGAAGACGAAGGUGCUCAAGUGCAGUCCAACGAAGUUGAGCUGACUGUUUAG